GCUUAUUUGGUCAAUCGUCUUAUAUCGACACUCUCUAUGUCGGAGCCUCCUCUGCAGGUUACUAAAUAGUCGCUCGAGGAAUAAGGCUGUCGGACGACGGGCCAAUGCACCGAGUCCUUCCGGUGAGAAAACGAUCGUGUCCGUCCCUUUGCGCCGAUAUAUCUGAUAGGCUCGAGGCGCUCUGUAUCCUGUUCUAGCAUAUAGAAAGCCACAUUUGCUGGAGGACACCCGAUACGUCGUAAUCAGGAUACAUCAUCAACCACACGAAUCUCGGCGAGACCACUUCGCCACCUUGUCCUUCUAUUUCUGUCCCAAAAGGAUGACCCACAUUUGGUAGCGGCCGAAUGAUCACGGCGACUCUUUUGGAAGCCUCCUGAUGAAUUUUUUGAGUUCCCAUGCCUGACCGCGUUACCCAUCAUAAGGAUACCCAUUUGUGUUUCCUCGAGUACAAGGCGGUUCGCCAACAUCAUCAUACAUAAGAUGAGGGCGUAAGUAUCAAGGCUAUCGACCGCAUACUUUUCUGCAGCUCAGGGCCAUCGCGGCAGAUCUUCGUUCUGCAUGCCCCUUUAACCUUUAGCUUUCAACACAUCCUUGUGAUCUCCUAGACCAUAUGGCGGCGCCUCCAAACCAACUGUUUUCAGCUUUUGCCUUCAUCGGCUUUGUUAUGUGCAGUGUGCCAUUUUACUGGCAUCUUGAAG